CUCGUUCACGUUCACGUUCACGUCCACACUCACCUGCAAUGAACACUACCGCCCCUCCGAUCCUUCACCCUCAGUCUGGCCAGCCGUUGACGGCGGGACAGGCGAGCUGCUGGAUGCAGCGCGUCAUGUAUGAAUGCACGCAUACUGUCGCCGCGCUACGUACAUUUACGUUGCCUGUCAGCAUCCGGGAAGAAGCCAUCAAGCGGGUGCGGACACUCUCGGCGCAUGCGGACAUGCUCGAGCAGGUGUUAUGCAGGAUGUGCUUCUUCCUCCCUGAGGCCUCCGCCCGCACCGUCGCCGCGAUUAUCGCUGCAGCGCAUCGCCAACAAGCGCUUCUCGUCCCCCCGACUCGGGGUCCUGUUUACACCCGCUGCCAGCCGCGCUUCAUUCUCAACGACCGCGCCCUCGCGUCGCUCACCGCGUACCUCAUACGCGUAGAAGGCAUCAUCUUCACAGACGUGCGCUGGAGGCAGUCGCCUGAGGGCCGCCAACUCUUACAAGAGGCGGCAGACCUCCGGCUGCGGAUGCACGCGUCGCGCACGGAGUUCGCGGAGGACAUGCUUGAAGACCCGAGCGCCGCAGAGCUGCCGGACCUGGACCGUCCCGCGGGCAGGGGACCAGAGUGGGCGCCGCUGAGCGAAUUCUUGAGCGGGCUGGGCGGGCUGUGGGGGUCGAGGGGGAUUCGACCGGGAUGGGGAGGAUGGCUCCCCCCGGACUAUGCGGUCGCCUCGACCGGCGGGUGGGCAGAGAUGCUUCUCCUCGGGGCCGCUGGCGGGGGCCCGUCGGGUGAGGAAGAGGAUGACGCGCCGAGUGAGGAAGAGGAUGACGCGCCGAGUGAGGAAGAGGAUAAUGCGCCGAGUGAGGAAGAGGAUGACGCGCCGUCCCCUGCGACGACAGCGUACUCGCCCCCGCUGCAGUUCGUCAGCCUGCGUCAGAUCGAGAAGGCGCGCGAAUUCCCGACGGACGUGUCCUCAUCGUCUGCAUCUGCCGACGACGAUGACAACGGGAUUCUUCUCGAUGAUCCGUUUGAACUAUCCAGCACGUCGUCCCCGCGCGCUCCAUCAUGGCCCCCACCGGACCCGAACGCGUCCUCUUCCUCUUCCUCCACAUCCGCGUUUGCGUCCUCGUCCUCAUCCAUAUCUUCGCCCUCAUUAGGGUCCUCAUCAUCUUCGCACAUGCCAGAGCUCUCCUCACACCACUCCCCUUUAUCCUCAAGAUCCGGCUCCCCACUUCCCAUCGACGCCUCCCUAUUCCUGCCCCCGGCCACACCCAUGCGCUCGCCCGGAUCCAACUUCGACUCCCCCUGGAGCCCACCCCCUGCCCCCCGCAAGCGCCGCCGGAGCGCCGCCGUGCACGAAGACGACGAUGACGCGGAAGACACGGAAGACCCAGACGACGCCUCGCUCCCACAACGCAAGAGAGUGCGGCGUGGCGGGCCGAAGGAGCGCAAGCGGCAGCGCAUCUACGUGCGCUUCUCAGCCCACAGCGCCGCCAACCCGCUUGAGUCAGGGCAGGCCGCGUACCCCUCCCAGCCCUCCGACUUGCUCGCGUCCCCCUUCGCGCAUAUGGCAAGAGCCCCGCAGGAGGAUGCUGGGAGACGCGACUCCACCGCCUCGUGGGCGUCAUCGGCGCACACGCUCUCUGGGGAGCACGCGGACGAUAUGGACACAGACGUCGACGCAGACAGCUUCGUCACUGCGAACGACGGGGCCUGCGACGAGUGGGUCGUCUACGACCCCGAGAACGCACCCGACGAGCCCAUACGGGACCCAAGUCCUCCGCGCUCGCCCCCGCGGAUGAGCAGCAGGGCUGCGGGGAAGCGGCGGUGCUGGGACGUAUUGCACACUGUGCAGCGUUUCUUCGCUAUCCGGUAACCUCCCGCAUAUUCUGGCCAGCCCAAUGCUAGCCACACUAUCUGCAUACACUCACCACCACAUCACCAUAUCAUCACCACCGCAUCUCAUGAACCAUGCAUUGAGCGCAUCGAACCCCUGGACUUCGAAGAUGGGCAGAACUCUUCGCGCCGUUGCCGUACUUAUCCUGUAAUGUGUAUCGACUCACUUGUAGCUCAGCAGUCGCAUCCCC